AUGCAAGAUAUUUUCAAAGAUAUUCGCAGUCGGCUCCCGAAGCUCCGCAGUGUUGAAACUCGAGUGUCAACCCCGGGAGGCGAGGUCUUCCUUGAACACAGGACAAAUGGGGGAGGAUUCACGUCGAUCCAGAACCCCGAACCUCGAACGCGAAACUGUCAAGGUUUCGUUUACGAUUUCAAACCUGAUCUGCAAAUGGCCGAGCUCAUUCCGGGUUUAUUCCUCGGUUCUCAGGACGUUGCUUCUGAGCUGGAGCUGCUGAAGUCUAAGGGUGUCACUCACAUCAUCAAUGCCGCCUCCGGGAUAAAAAAUCAUUUCCCCGACGAUUUCAAGUAUAAGAGAGUUGAGGUACUCGAUAUCCCUGAACAAGAAAUGAGAUCUCAUUUCGAGCACUGUAACAGCUUCAUUGAUGAGGCAUUAGCUUCGGGCGGCGCUGUUUUCGUCCAUUGCAACGCAGGAGUUUCCAGAAGCACAACCAUCUGCAUAGCGUACCUGAUAAGUCGGAAAGGAAUGGACCUGGAUAGGGCCCUCAGACACACAAGAUCGAUACGACCAAUCGCUCGGCCAAAUGAGGGUUUCAUGACCCAACUCCGCGCUUACCAAUCCGAUACGAUAGGACCAGCCUCAUGA